AUGAAACUCCUCGGCGCGAAAUUUGGCCUGGUGACUAGCAUCGCCUUGCUCACAUCAGUGCCGGUUGUCGUCGCUGACUGUGCUCUUCCAUCAACUUAUAGUUGGACAUCAACUGGCGCUCUUGCAAAUCCUAAGUCCGGGUGGACGGCAAUCAAGGACUUGACCAACGUGGUUUUCAACAACAAACAUCUGGUCUACGCAUCAACCACCGACACAAGUGGGAACUAUGGCUCGAUGAACUUCGCCUAUCAAUGGGGCUCCAGCACUUUUACCUACCGAACGUCAAGUGAUCCUACCAAUGCCAAUGGAUGGUCAUCGGAGCAAGCCCUUUUUUCAGGAAAAAUCUCUGGUUCAAGCACCGGCGCUAUUGAUCAGACUCUCAUUGGUGACUCUACCAAUAUGUACCUCUUCUUUGCGGGAGACAACGGCAAGAUCUACCGUUCUAGCAUGUCUAUUCAAAGUUUCCCUGGAAACUUUGGAACAUCGUCAGAGGUAGUGCUGAGUGAUUCUCAGAACAAUUUGUUUGAGGCAGUCCAAGUGUACACCGUCAAAGGUCAAAACAAAUAUUUGAUGAUUGUCGAAGCAAUUGGAUCACAAGGGCGGUAUUUCCGUUCAUUUACUGCGAAUAGUCUUGGUGGUUCGUGGACGGCUCAAGCAACAAGCGAGAGCAAUCCCUUCGCUGGGAAAGCCAACAGCGGCGCAACCUGGACCAACGAUAUCAGUCACGGUGAUUUGGUCCGCUCCAAUCCUGAUCAAACCAUGACAAUCGACCCAUGCAACCUCCAGUUCCUCUAUCAGGGACGAAAUCCAAGCUCUGGUGGAAACUACAAUACCCUACCUUGGAUGCCGGCUGUGCUCACCUUGAAGAACUAG